CUGGGAAGUGACGAAGAAGGGGGAGGGGAGAUCAGCAGUUGGGGCCCGAGAGGGAACACUAAGAAGGUCGGCGUUAGAGGGAGUGUCUCAGGUGCCGCGAAGGGAAGCUUUAGCCGGGCCCCCGAGGGGCGCGUUGGGAGACGAUCUGAAGAGGCGGGAGCGGGUUUCUCGCGAACUUUUAACGCUCCGGGGGGUCCGAGAAGCGGAGACAGGUUUAGACGGAGUGAGAGGGGAGACGCGGUUCCAACUAGAGACGAGUGGUCGCGGCCCGAGCCUGUCCAGAGACGGUCCGAACCCCCCCGUGGAUUUUCGGACGCCUCUCGGUUUUCGUCCGAAUCCCCUCUGAAUCCGCCGGAUUCUGGGCGGAAUCCGUCCGGAUCCGCUCGGGACACGGGCCGGCGACCGUCCGAAAGCGCUUGGAGGAGUCCUUUCGCGGCCAACGGCGCGGACCAAACUUUUGUCCGCAGAACGAGAGACGGGGGACGCGAGUUUGGUUAUAACGACUACCCGGCUCCCGACGGAGAAGAGAGAACCUCUCUGUCCGCAGAGGAGAAGAAGGACCGCCGAAAGAUGAAGCAAGUCAAGUUGGAAGGGCCUGGGUGUUACGGUUGCGGCGCGAGGCUACAAGUGAGCUACCCGGGGGGGCCAGGUUAUCUGCGGCCCGAUGUAUACGAGCUGAAGCGCACGCACCGACAACUCGGAGAAACGCUCUGCGGGCGAUGCACGGAGUUGGCGCACGGGAAGAUGGUGCCAGCUGUCGGCGGCAACGGCGGGCACGGCAGCGGGGGGCAGCAAGAGGGCUACGUCAUGGCGGAAGAUUUGCGGGAGCAGCUGAAGCCGCUCAAGCUGAACAAGGUCUUGGUGGUCAAACUGGUCGACAUUGCGGACUUUAAUGGGAGCUUCCUUUCCAAGGUUCGCGACCUGGUUGGCUCUAACCCGAUCAUUUUGGUGGGCACGAAAGUCGACCUCCUUCCGGCGGACACCGACUUGGAGGCGGUCGCAGACUGGGUGUGGGAGGCGACCGUGCGAAAGAAGCUGAAGCCCAUCAGCCUACAUGUGAUCUCGUCUUUGACCGGCGCGGGCCUUCCAUCAUUGGCCGCUAACAUCCAAAGAGAACGGCAGGGCCGUGACGUGUACGUGCUCGGAGCAGCGAACGUGGGGAAGUCGGCCUUCAUCAAUGCGUUACUAGCCGAACUGGCGACGCGCGAUCCGGCUGCCGCUGCAGCCCGCAGAAAGCGCCCCACCGAAUCGGCGAUGCCCGGAACCACUUUGGGGCCUAUUCCCAUUAAUGCGUUUUCCGGAGGGGGCGAGCUUUUCGAUACACCGGGCAUUCACUUGCAUCACCGCCUGGCGUCUCUGCUAACCCCAGAGGAGUUGGUUAUGCUCACCCCGAGAAGGCGGUUAAGGCCCGUGGCCCCGACCAUUGGUACCGUUGAUCAAACAACGGCCCAAGAGAAUGGAGCAGCCCCCCACACCGAGAUGACUGCCCCCGAUUCAGAAAACGGCGCUUCCGAAUCAAACGGUUCUAACCUUACCCCCGGUGACUUUGUGGUCCUUCGACCGCAUCCCUCUUGCCCCCCCCAAGCCAUCUUCAUCGCCCAAGUUUCCGCUUCGGGGGUGUCGGAAACAGCCGGAUCCGAGGGGGGUGGAACGCUUCUCGCCCGCCCCUGGAUGCCGAAACCCGUUCGAAGGGGGCCGAAAAUGGAUCUCUGGAACGAUCCGUGGGGGCGGAAAUGGGUGCCGUACGAAGGGGGGAUGUUCGAACUGGCGCCCGAUGACGUCAUCGCCAGCUGGCAGUCACGUGCCAAGGCCCCAGAGGAGGGCGUCCCGGUCCCCCCGUUGGUGGCGGCGCGCGUGGACGAACUGAUCCGGGGGGGUAACUUGCCUGCUCCGGCGUACCCCCCCUGGGUGGACGAGAGCGGAGAGAUCGUGAGCGCAAAGGAAUGGGGGGGUAAAGUGGGUGUUCUUGCAGGGGAGGGGUCCGCAAAUAUGGGCGAUAUUGUCCUGUCCAGGGGGGCAGUUUCGAGUGCGGAGAAGGGGGGAUCGUUGCAGUCGGAGGGGAUUGAGGGGACGACGUUCUUCUGGGGGGGAGUCGCGCGGGUCGACGUGCUUCAGGCACCGCCCGGCUUGCGCUUGUUCUUCUACGGCCCCCACACAGUGACGGUGCAUGCCGUCGACUCCCAAGAAGCAGAUGCGUUUUACGAGGCAAAUCUUUUCGAAAAGUUGACGCCUCCUUACAAGGACCGGGGGGCAAACUGGGACGGGCUCCCCUACAAGAAGGAGUGCAACCUCUACUCCGAGGAUGACGUCAGGCCUGCUGGUGACGUCGUGGUAUCGGGUUUGGGUUGGUUCGCGGUUGGGGGGGCGCCGGGCAAGCGGGGCCGCCGGGGGGGUUCGCAAUCAAGCAGCCGGGGCGAGGUUCGCCUCUUGGUUCAUACACCCCGUGGGGUCGAAGUCUACCUAAGGCCUUCCAUGCCGGUCACGGAGACCGGAGCGGAGUGGGCCGAUCGGCCGGACCUGGACGUCGAGCUCGAAAGGCCGCCCAUUUAUUACCCCAGGCACGAACCAGUAUCCAGGACGCAAGGAGUGCCGUCGAGACAAAGUGCUUGGUAAGGAGUUGAUUGAUGACCAUAUAUUCUGGCGGUCAUUGAGAUCGGAGAGAUUUGUUUCAAUCGGCGAAACCUGGAUGUUAUGCUCGAGAGGCCGCCCAUAUAUUACCCCAGGCAUGAAUCUGUGUCCACCCCCCAUGGAGUGCCGUCGAAAGCCGGUGCUUGGUAAAAGACUGGAUCGCUGACAUCAUGAUUGAAAGUAGCAAAAGUCUAAUUCGCGGAUUCAAUGAUUCGCC